AUGGCGGACCCUUUGAGUAUUUCUGCCUCGUUGCUCGCUGUUACUACGGCCGCUGUACAGUCGACGAAGUCACUCUACGAAACCGUCAAACGCUUCAAAGACCGCGACAAAACUCUACGCAGACUUCAAGAUGAGCUUAGCGAUCUCACCAAUAUUUUGGACUCAUUGACACAGGUGACCAAUUCUGAGCAGUCAAUGCUCACACUACUUCAAGGUCCUAUCGAACGAUGUAACCAAGUAUGUCGCGAGUUCGAGCAGUCAAUGAAAGUUUUCAGCGGAAAAUCAAAGACGGGCUUUCGAGAUUGGACAAAGAUGGAAUUUAUGAGAGGGAACAUAAAUGAAUUUAUAGACACUAUCGCGGGGUAUAAGUCAACGAUCUCAGUCGGUCUAGGCACUAUUACUAUGAUGCAUACCUCUAAGAUCUCCCACAAUGUCCUCCAACAGUACAACGAGAUGAUACAGGACACAGCAUAUAAUCUGGAGCUCCAUCUACGGCGGAUCGAUGAGAAGAUGACGCGUUCAAAUGUCGAGAACACUAGUACUUCAGGUGUAAGCAUAGACCUGGAAGACGAAAGAGAAGUGACCAGACAAUGCCUUCGUAUUUGUGAAGACGCGAGGUCUUAUAUUGAAUCCUUAUCAGUCCGAGAAUCGUCUCUACUUCCCGAGAUGCCCCCAAACGCUGUCGAAGAACAUUCCUUCGAAGCGCAGGUGCGAACGCGUCAAGCUCUAGAUGACAAUCGAGAGAGCUUCGCAGAGAUCAUCGCCUACCUUCGCAAACGCCUAGAUCUCCUAAUCCGGGAUGACGACCCUGAAAAGGAUAAUGAGAGAUCGCAAUUACAGGCAGAUAUCAAUAUUUCAAAGCAGUGCCUUGAUGUUUGCAAGAUGGCUAGCGAAGUUUCACGUCAGAAGGUGUAUAGAAUUGGGGAGGUGAUUGCCGAAGGUGACAGCGAUCAAGUCGUGGUGACUACUUUAGCGGAUCUAUUCGAUAUCAGGAAAGCGCUGUCAAAGGACAAUUCAGCGCAGCUGGUUGGCUCAAUGGAGGCGGAGAAUCUUCGGAUUCUCACUGAGAAGCGGUAUAGCAGUCGUUUUGGAACCUUAGCUGGUCACUCCAACCCUGCUGAAGCUGGCACCACCAGCUCCCCUACAGCCUUCGAGGCUCAGAGGAGUAAAUAUGCUUUCGCGCCCCAAACUGGUAAUCACGAGCAGACUCCUGGACUGCGAGCCAGACAAGAUAGGCCGUCCCCCAACGAGAUGAGAAAACGGCCCACCGAUGGUGCUAUGGACCAAGAGAAAGGUUGGACAGCAGAGAAGCGAUGA